CUUCAUGCUAUGAGCAGCUGUAGCGACCAAUACUCGUUACCGUGGCCGAGCUUCCACGUGCAGUACACCGAAUUUGCACGGGCAGCUGCAUUGGAGGUGAUCCUGUCGGAUAUUUGCAUCGACAAACGCAGAGCAGGACCAGAAAUCUCUCGCCUCGUGGCUUCCAUUGCUGUCAUCGUUUGACGUGAAAUCCCUUAUUAAUCUUGAAUUUUCUCCUCUCCAUCCUCAAACUCAUCGACUGCGGAAUAUCACCAUCCAGAUGAAGGACUAUCACUUCGAGAGCAAGCCUUUAGCUCAACCCGAGGCUGUUGUCUCUGGGUCCCAUUAUCGAUUUACAGUCCUGACAGACCGUGUCAUCCGGUACGAAUGGUCUCACGAUGGUAAAUUCGAAGAUCGUGCGUCGACAUUCGCCAUCAACAGAAACUUUCCCGCGCCAAAAUUCCAAGUGGUCGAGCGCAAUGAUGAACUGGAGAUCAUCAACGAAUACUUCCACCUGAGCUACGACAAAAAGCGAUUCAGUCCCAGUGGCCUGCUAUGUAGCUUCGCAGCCAAGAUUACUCUCUGGGGGUCUCAAUGGAGAUAUGACGACGACCCAAACGCUCCUCAAGGUCAGAAUCUCGGCGGCACAGCCAGAACACUGGAUGGUUGUGAUGGAAGGUGCGAGUUAGGUCUCGGUGUCAUCUCACGAGAUGGCUAUGCCGCAAUUGACGAUAGCAAGUCCAUGCUAUUCGACGGCCAGGGUUUCGUGGCUGGGCGGCGUCCUGGCGACCGCAUCGACGGAUACUUGUUCUGCCACGGGCACGACUAUAAAGCUGCUAUACGGGACUUGUAUGCCCUGAGUGGAAAGCAACCUCUGCUACCAAGGUGGUGCUUGGGAAACUGGUGGAGUCGCUACUACAAGUACCACCAGGACGAGUACAUUGGCUUGAUGGAUGAGUUUACCAAGAACGAAGUCCCGUUGUCGGUUGCCGUGGUUGACAUGGAUUGGCACUUGGUCAGAGACCCGAGAGUUCCACAUGCCGGCUGGACAGGGUAUACCUGGGACGACAAACUGUUUCCCAAGCCCGAGAUAUUUGGACGCGAGAUGCACAGCCGGAAUUUGAAGAUCACCUUGAACGACCAUCCACAUCAUGGAAUUCACCACCACGAAGACUCGUACGAGGAGAUGGCCAAGUUCUUGGACUUCGAUACCUCCCAAAAGAAUCCUAUACUAUUCGACCCGACCAGCCCCAAGUUCAUGGAAGCUUACCUCACUAUCCUGCACCGAAACCUUGAGAAGGUAGCAUGUGAUUUCUGGUGGAUCGACUGGCAACAGGGUUCGCAUACGAAAGUGCCGGGCAUCGACCCUCUCUGGCUACUGAACCAUUUCCACUUCCUCGACAAUGCACUGGGAGGCAAACGCCCGAUCAUCUUCUCUCGCUACGCAGGUCCUGGAAGCCACCGCUACCCCGUGGGCUUCUCGGGUGAUACCGUGACGACAUGGGCUUCCCUUGAGUUCCAGCCCGAGUUUACGGCGACAGCCUCCAACAUUGGCUACGGAUGGUGGAGCCACGAUAUUGGUGGUCAUUUUGGAGGUUGCCGUGAUGAUGAGCUGGUGGCUCGAUGGGUGCAAUUUGGCGUCUUCAGUCCUAUGAUGCGACUGCAUUCUGGUGAUUCCCGCUGGUCUUCCAAAGAACCGUGGCUAUACCGCAAGGAAAGUGAGGUCAUCAUUGAGAAGUACAUGCGUCUACGCCACCGCAUGAUACCAUACCUCUACACGCGCAAUGUGCUUGCAUCGACCGAGGACAUGCCUUUGAUUCAGCCGAUGUACUGGCUAUACCCGGCUCGAAAUGAGGCUUAUUCAGUUCCCAAUCAGUAUUUCUUUGGACCAGAACUCAUUGUGGCACCAAUUGUCAGACCCAGAGACAAGCGGACAAAUCUGGGUUGGGUCGAUGUCUGGUUGCCACCCAUGCAUCGGCAUGUCGAUAUCUUCACUGGGACGGUUUACGAUGGUGACAGAGAACUCAAGAUGUACCGACCUUUGCAUGAGAUACCAGUCGUGGCUCAUGAGGGUAGUAUCAUACCGUUCGACGCAAAUGCCACACCAGGUAAUGGCGGGAUGAAUCCGGAGCAUUUUGAAGUUCUGGUCGUGAUCGGUCGCAAUGGUCAGACCAGCAUACUUGAAGACCCAGCCGACGACUCGGACCAAGUCAAGAAGGAGUCACCAUCAACUGGUGAGCGUGGAAGUCUGGUCCAAUAUCACCAAGACAAGGGCGAAUUGACUGCGCACGUUACGGGACGGACAUGGACAUUCCGGUUUUUGGCCAUCACGGAAGUUCCAAAGGACCUGAAGGUGCUGAUUGAUGGCAAAGACCGCACCGCAGACGCAAAAGUCUCGAUCGAGAAAUUCCCCGACACCCCGUCGAUGCUUGUUCAUGUACCGUAUGUGCCUGCCUUGGACAAGUAUACAAUCACUAUUUUAUUGGGCCCUGACCCUCAACUCAGUGUACUUGAUCACAGAGCUCGCAUCGAGAAGUUGUUGCUCGAUUAUCAGACCGAAUUCGAGAUCAAAGAUCGAUUGUGGAGUAUUGUGGACGAUCGCAAGAGUGCAAUCAACGUCAAGAUUGGCAAGUUGAUGAGUUUGAGCGUGGAUGAGAGGUUGACGGAGCCAGUGGCCGAGUUGUUGCUUAGUGAUGUUCGAGGAGUGCACCUAUGAAAUUGAGGCAGGUCUUGUGUUGAACUGGGCAGGUGAUUGGCGAGAGGUCGGACACAGUCCAGAAGAAAGAUGAACAAGUAUCAUGUAGAGUUUUCCGCGAAACGUUGCUAGAAAGUCGUGAUACCGUAGACCCAAGAGAUACU